AUGAUGUGCCGCGCGUACCAGCUCACCCUGUGCGCGACGACCUACCUGCUGCGUUGGCGAACGCCAACAAUCAUCCAAGGCGCCGGCUCCCUGGCGAAGUUGCCGAACCUCGUACGCGGGGCGAGGCUGCAGAAGGGACUUCUGGUCACAGAUGCAGUGGUCAUGAGGCUUGGCCUCGUCGACAGCUUCAUCGACGAGAUGAAUAAACAGAGCACCGAGUUGGUCAUCUACAAGGAUGUACUGCCGAACCCCACUGUCGACAUGGUGGAGGAGGCCAAUGCACUGUACAAAACGAAUAAGUGCGACUACAUCGUCGCCGUCGGUGGCGGGAGCGUCAUCGACUGUGCAAAGCUGAUUGGCGUGCGCCAGGCGCGCCCCCGCACCGCGCUUCUGUACACGCGAGGGCUCUUCCGUGUUCUGUGGCCGCUGCCGCCGCUCAUCGCCGUCCCUACAACAGCGGGCACUGGGAGCGAGUGCACGAUUGGCGCUGUCGUGUGCGACCCUGCGCGGAAUGAUAAGUUUGCCAUCAUGGACCCCUUCCUCACUCCCUCCCACUGCGUGCUCGACCCGGUCCUGACAGUGACGAUGCCCAAGUUUGUGACGGCCACCACCGGCAUGGACGCCUUGACGCACGUCGUGGAGGCGUACUUAAACAUCUUUCACUUCCGCACCGUCGACAAGGCGGCGCUGAGCGCGAUGGAGCUGAUCGCGAAGUACCUGCCCUGUGUGUACAAGGACGGCACGAACCUGGAGGCACGCGAGAAGAUGCUGCAGGCGUCGUACUUUGCCGGUCUCUCCUUCACUCGUGCUGGUGUCGGCAACGUGCACGCGGCGGCGCACGCGCUAGGCGGGCUGUACAACGUGCCGCACGGCUACGCCAACGCUGUGAUUCUGCCGCACUUGCUCAACAUGUACGGCAGCGCGGCGCACAGGUCGCUUGCUCGGCUUGCUGAGGCGGCAAACAUCCCCGGUGCCAACGAUGCGGAUAAGGCGGCGAACUUCAUUAUGUGGGUUCGUGAGAUGAAUGUGCUAAUGGAGAUCCCAACGACGUUCAGUGCCGGUGACCCGCGCUGGACCCUCCACAAGAAGGACAUCCCCUUCCUCGCGAAGCACGCCGUCACUGAGGCGAACCCGUUGUACGCCGUGCCGGUGAUAUUCGGAGAGGAAGAAAUGACCGAGCUCUUCCACCGCAUUAUGUGA